AUGUUAUUUUUGGGCAAUUUGGUAGUGGUUGCGGUCUGUCUGUGGGGUACUGACGUCAGCAGAGCUUAUGUUUUUCAAGCCAGUAGACCUGGAGAGGGAGGAGACAACCCACCCCCCCACACUAAAGUCGUCUCCGAGUGGGUCAGCUCAGCCGGGUCCUGCAAGGGCCGCUGCUUCGAGCUGGAGGAGGCCAAACCCCCCGGGUGCAGAUGUGACAAUCUGUGCAAAACCUACUACAGCUGCUGCUCCGACUUCGACGAUCACUGUCUGAAAACAGGUCGGUCUGAUUUCAAUUUCAAUUUUUGUGACGUUACCGUGGCUGCGUACCGCGUUUCUUUUGUUGUUAAGUUCCGCUUCUUAGACGCACACGGUGACACGUCAUGGGUGCACGGAGACUGCGAGGAGAUCACGAGCGCCGAAUGUCCCGCAGGCUUCAUCCGUCCUCCCCUCAUCAUGCUGUCUGUCGACGGGUUCAGAGCCUCCUACCUGAAGAAGGGCAACUCCGUCACCCCCCACAUACACAAACUCAGAGAGUGUGGUACGUCGGCGCCCUACCUGCGUCCAGUCUACCCAUCAAAGACCUUCCCAAACUUAUACACUCUAGCCACGGGUCUGUACCCAGAGUCCCAUGGGAUUGUGGGGAACACCAUGCACGACCCGGUGUUUAACGCCACCUUCAGCCUGCGCACCAGAGAGAAACUGAACCACCGCUGGUGGGGCGGUCAGCCGAUCUGGAUCACGGCCGAGGAACAAGGAGUGAAAGCAGCUAGUUUCUUCUGGCCUUGGGUGAUUCCUCUGGAGAGGAGGAUUUUGACCAUUCUGCGCUGGCUGCAUCUGCCUGAUGAUGAAAGGCCUUACGUUUUCGCCGUCCACUCGGAGCAGCCCGACACCUUCGGGCAUCGACUGGGACCGCUCAGCAACGAGCUGGAUAACCCUCUGAGGGAGAUCGAUAACAUCAUUGGUCAGUUGAUGAACGGUCUGAAGCAGAUGAACCUGCAUCGCUGCGUCAACGUCAUCGUCGUGGGAGACCACGGUAUGGAGGAGGCCCACUGUGAUCGCACGGAGUUUCUCAGCAGCUACCCGCUCAACAUAGAAGAGAUCAUGCUGAUCCCGGGCUCGCUCGGCCGAAUACGACCCCGGGACCCAAAAUCCCCCUCAUAUGACCCCAAAGUUGUGGUUGCAAACCUCACUUGUAAAAUGCCGUCUCAGCACUUUAAGCCGUACCUGAAGCAACACUUACCCAAGAGGCUUCACUACGCCAACAACCGCAGGAUCGAGGACGUCCACCUGCUGAUGGAGAGGAAGUGGCACAUCGCCAGGAUGUUUGACUUGUUAGGGUUGAAGCCGGCACCAAACAACGGGACCUACGGCAGCUUGAACGACAUGCUACGACACCCGCCGCACCAGCCCAGCAUGCCGGAGGAGGUGACCCCGCCGUCGCCGGCGUCCACCUCCGACGCCGUGACCCACGACCUGGGCUGCAGCUGCGACGACGAGAACAAAGUGGAGGAGAUCAUCGAAGCCUUCAGUCCUGCACCAGAUGGACUCUACAGUUACAACAGUACCCACCUCCCGUUCGGUCGUCCUGCCGUGAUGUUUGACACUCAGUACAGUUUGCUUCAUCACGUGGAGUUCAUCAGCGGCUACAGCAGAGAGCUGGCCAUGCCCCUGUGGACGGCGUACACGCUGCCGCGCCAGGAGGACGUGACUCCCGUUCCCGAGGUCUCCCCCCCCGGUGUUCAGUGUAUCCGAGUCGACCCCCGGGUGUCGGCCGACCACAGUCAGAGCUGCACCGCCUACAGCCAGAACAGCCAGCUCACCCACGGCUUCCUCUUCCCGCCUGAGCUGGCAUCGUCUCCCGAGUCCAGAUACGACGCUUCGCUCAUCACCAACGUCGUUCCCAUGUACCCGGCCUUCAAGAGAGUGUGGAGCUACCUGCAGGGGACGCUGCUGAGGCGCUACGCAGAGGAAAACAACGGCAUCAACGUUCUCUCCGGACCCAUCUUCGAUUACAACUUUGACGGCCUCCGGGACACCACAGAGGAAAUAAAAGAGUUCUCGGCCGACGCCCCACCCGUCCCCACCCACUUCUACGCGGUGGUGACGAGCUGCCAGGAGCUCAACCAGACGGUGGAGGAGUGUGACGGGCCACUCAGGGUCUUUUCCUAUCUGCUUCCCCACAGACCGGACAACAGUGAGGCCUGCAACAGUGUAGAGGACGAGUCCCAGUGGGUGGAAGACCUGCUGAAGCUCCACACGGCCCGAGUCCGAGACGUGGAGAUCCUGACGGGCCUGGACCUCUUCCGGUCCACCAACCUCACCUUCACCAGCACGCUGAGCCUCAAAACCUACCUGCACACCUUCGAGAGUGACGACUAGACGCACCGAGAGACGGACAGACGCACACACAACAGGAUGCAGACCCCCUUUUGUAGAAGCCCCCCGCCUUGUUUUUUGUACCUCAUGGUCGCAUGACAGCCGGCGCGUCGUCGUUCCACUCCUGAGGAACUGCCCCACAAGGGCUUGCAAAAAGGGAAAAUUGAAAAGAUUAAAAAGAGAAUGGUUUGGCAAGCAGUAGAGGGGAAGAUUACAACAGGAACAUUCAGUACUAUCACAAAAAUAAGCUAGCACAGGGACUCUCAACACUACUCAAUCCAGUUCACACAGGACGUCAUGAUGCACACAUACAGGACUAUAUUGGGCUUUUAGUUCCCUAACUAUAAACAAUGUAUGCUUUAUAUUCCUACUGCCCGUCCAUUGCAUGCUGUAGAUUUUAAACCUUUUUGAAUGUGUCUUUUCUUACUCAUAAAAGACUCUUGAACCUUG